UGCUGAUUCUUUUCAGAAUGAAAAACGAAUAUUAGCAACAUCAUAAAUUCGGAUGAAAAUUUAAUGCAAAAUCAUUACAAUUAUUAAUGAUUAAUUAUUCUUAUCACAAUUAAAUAAUUAAAUAAUAUAAAAAGUGGCAUUUACUUUAAAUAAAUUUUUGAAUUAUAUCUUAUUUUUCGUCAAAUUCCGUUAGGGUGCGCAUAGAUUGCCAUGCUUUACAAACUGUACUUAUUUAUCGACUUUGGUGUUGUGUAGACACUACAAUUACACGUUUAAAAUCAUUCAUUUUUUAAAUGCUAUAAAUAUUCUAUAUUAACAUUUAUUUUAACCCGUAUUACAAUAGAUGUAACAUAAAUUGUAUCAAAUGCCGUCUUCUGAAUCCAAAGCGUUAAUUCAAAUUCGUUUCCGUUCGAUAGCAUUAUGUACAGUUUGUUUACCUUUCUUUUCUUUUAUAUUUUGUGUCAUUUGGUCUUUAAUUUUUAACUUUAGACAAGUAACUUCCACUCAUUGUCAGGUAUCAAAUUAUUUACCAUCUAUAAGUGCUGCUAUUGGAGGUUAUACUCCUCAGAGAUAUGUUUGGCGAAUUGGUAUUGGAUUACAUGCUGCACCACGAUAUAUUGUAAUGUUUAUGUAUUAUAGUUACUACAGCAACUUAAUUUUAAAUGAAGUGAUAUGGCAAAGAUUAGUUACUCUUGCCUGUAUAUUAAAUGGAAUAGAAAUUACUUGCUUAAUAGGAUUGACAUAUGUGUCAUCGUCUGAAAAUUAUCCUGCCCAUGAAAAAUUCUUUGUUACUUUUAUGCUAAGUUCACUAACUUAUAUGUUCCUUUUGUGUUUAUUGCCAAGAAUUGCUUCUAAAGUCAAGAUUGCUCCUAUGGAGACAAAAUCUCUUAACAUAAAGACAUAUUUAGGAAUGGUGAAUGUAAUAUUUUUUCUAAUGGCACUAUAUUUUUUCUUUCGUCAUAAUUGGUACUGUGAAGGAGGAGUUUACACGUUGUUUGCCAUCUGCGAAUAUAUUGUCGUAGUAUCAAAUAUGGGUUUUCACAUGACUGCUUAUUGGGAUUUUUCCAAUCAGUUCUUAAUAAUAACUCCAGAGGAAGGUAUCAGUAUACACAAGAAAUAUGAUUCCAAACCACCAUGGAUAUCGGUCUGAAACUAUUCCUUUAUUUCAACUUACGUUUGAACAAGUUAUCCAAAUAUAAAAAGUUGAAAGAAAAGAAAUUUUAAAAAACAUGAGGAUUAGAGCAAAAACUUUAAUUAUAGUUUAUAACUUUAUUAUAACAAAAGAGAUGCCAAAUCCAUUAUCUAAUGACACCUAAUUUUCUAACCUUGUAAUAUGUACAGAAACUAAAUUUCUUACUGUUGCCAUUUUAUAAAUUUUUUAAUACAGAAAU